UCAAGAAGGAGCAAGGAGGGACACACGGACUGGGAAUACUCCAGAGGAGAAGAAACAGUCCCACAGAGGAAGCGGAUUGUUGGGGACUGCUGCAAAUAUGUUCUCUGCACUGCACCUGCUUCAUGACCACGGAUCUCUUUGAUUAUGUGGAGGGACUGACAAUGUCCAUUGUGGACCUGCAGGUUUUCAUCCCUUCACUUCUGUGACACCGCUGCAGUCGUGGGUAGAGGAUCCGAACCAAACUCACGUCCCCUCAUCUCUCUCUCCCCCUCCCUCCCACCUCCCCCUCGGGUUCCAACAAUCCUGAGCCCACCAUGGGAGGAUGCUUCUCCAAACCCAAACCAGUUGAAGUCAAAGUGGAACUGUCUCUCCUGGAAAACGAGAAAGAGGUGGAUGGCCUUUCACCUAAUGGCAAGGCGAGUCCUUUUGCAGACUGCAGACCAAACGGGGCACUCGGACACAGCUCGGACGACGACUCCACCUUGCUCCACGCUUACCACAAACCACGGGAUUAUGUGGAGGCCUCCGUCUGCCAUGUCAAGGAUCUGGAAAAUGGACAGAUGCGAGAGGUUGACUUGGGAAGUGGCAGAGCGUUGUUGAUUAAACAACAUGGCGAGUUCUCAGCAAUGGGCCACAAGUGUCCACAUUACGGCGCUCCGCUCGUCAAAGGUGUGCUGUCAAAAGGACACGUGCGCUGCCCGUGGCACGGCGCUUGUUUCAACAUCGCAACGGGCGACCUCGAAGACUUCCCCGGCCUGGACAGCCUACCGACCUUCCAGGUCAGAGUUGAAAAGGACAAGGUCAUCAUUCGAGCAAACAAGCAGGCUCUUCAGCUGCAGAAACGGUCAAAGGCCAUGGCAAGAUGUUCUGCAGUCAUUAAUUCCAGCACAGCCUUCACUAAUGUUCUAAUUAUUGGAUCAGGUCCAGCAGGUCUAGUGUGUGCAGAGACGCUGAGGCAAGAGGGAUUUACUGACCGCAUCAUCAUAUGCACCAUGGACAGACAUCCUCCUUAUGACAGGCCAAAACUGAGUAAGUCCCUAGACAGCACAGCGGAACAGCUGAGGUUGCGUUCCACGGACUUCCUGCGGGAUCACGACAUUGAAUUGCUCACAGAAAAAGAGGUUGUGGCCAUAGAUGUGAAGACACACUCCAUCACCUUUGAAGAAGGCUUGAAGAUGGAAUACAGAAAACUCUUUAUCGCUACAGGCAACAAACCCAAACCACUCAACUACAAGGGCGAAGAUGUCAGGAACGUGUUUCACCUCCGAACGCCUGAAGACGCAAACAGCAUAGCAAGACUGGCCAACAACAAGAACGCUGUGAUCGUGGGAACAUCUUUUGUCGGUAUGGAGGUGGCUGCCGCUCUGACUGACAAGGCCCACUCUGUCUCAAUCAUUGGGAUUGAGUCAAUCCCAUUUAAAAAAGCCCUCGGUGAGAAAGUAGGCAAAGUCCUAAUGAAGCUCUUUGAAGCAAACAGGGUGAAGUUCUACAUGUUGAAUGAGGUAUCAGAGAUGAUUGGCCAUCAUGGACAGCUGAAGGAGGUGGUGCUGAAGAGUGGCAAAGUGCUGCGAGCGGAUGUUUGUGUCAUUGGGGCGGGAUGUGUUCCUGCAACAAGCUUCUUGAAACAAAGCGGCAUUCACGUGGAUUCAAAGGGCUUCAUCACUGUCAACAAGAUGAUGCAGACAAAUGUGGAUGGGGUCUUCGCUGGGGGAGAUGUGGUGACCUUUCCAUUCCCGCCACGCAACAAUAAGAAGGUUAACAUCCCUCACUGGCAAAUGGCUCAUGUGCAUGGAAGAGUCGCAGGUCUUAACAUGCUGGGCAGGGUCACUGAGGUGAAAACAGUGCCUUACUUCUGGUCAGCCAUGUUUGGGAAGACCAUACGCUAUGCAGGUUAUGGGGAUGGAUUUGAUGAUGUCAUCAUUCAAGGUGAUCUUGAUGAACUGAGAUUUGUGGCAUUUUACACGAGAAGUGAGGAGGUGGUUGCAGUGGCCAGCAUGAACUACGAUCCCAUUGUGUCCCGAGUGGCUGAGGUCUUGGGAUCCGGAAAGACGAUUAAGAAACGAGACGUAGAGACUGGAGACAUUUCCUGGUUGAUUGACAAGGGCUCCCAAUAACUUCACACGUACACACGCAUGAACCAAGGGUCCACUGGAAUUCUGGAUGCAGAUACUAAAUGGUGCGGAGACAAAUGGCAGCUAUUCCUUCUCUGAGGACUGUGACUGUUCAAAAUACUGAAGUGUCAUGGACAGACUCUCUGACCUGAAAGCGCUGAGUCAGCGAGACUUUGGUGACCCGACGUGAUGAUGUUUCAAGCAAUAGUGGAUUCAGCUGUCAUCAACAUGUACAUUUUGUUUAUAAUGGGCAUUGGCGUUUUAUAUUAAAAAUAUUAGCUAUAAUCUUGAAUGCGUUGCACUGCAAAUAUAAAUAGAACUUCUAUUUGAGAUGAUUUUUUUUAAAGUGAUGGAAUGAUUGCUUACAAGUCUCUUACCUGCAUGAUACAGUUUUAAGAUAGUCUUCACAGCUCCAUUCAGUAGGUUCACAUGCAUAAUCAAAUGAGAUCCAAUACAACAGGGUGAAAUUUUGUAAUGGAUCUCAUUUGACUGUGCAAGUGAACCGAUGUGUGAUUGUGGAAGACACAUGCAGCUUUAAUCUUUUCUUGAUUAAAAUUGAUAUUAUAUUGCCUGUCUUGCUAGAUUACUCAACAGAAUGUAAUGUCUUUGAUUUAACAUUCAUGCUCGUAUGGCAAAUGUCUAAGUAUUGUCUAGCACAAUACAGAAUGCGGAUCAUGAUGAUGCUAAUUGCUAAUAGCAGUGUCCUCCAGUGGGAUGUUUUAUUACUAACUCAGGGAACUAAGGUUUGUGGCCUACAUCAGUACCCUGUAUUUUUUUCAAGAAAGAAAUUUGUUUCCAUUUUUAUUUUCCAGUUAUUACAUCUUUGGUUCUGUCUGUAUGUAUUCAAGGCACUGGUAAUGUACAGAACUUCAGGGUAAAAUGGAAUGUUGAAAAAGAAAAUAUAUAUAUAUAUAUAUAUUGUUCCUCCUACAAUGGAGU